GCCCUUUCACAGGCCCUACGAACUCCCCUUCUGCUUUCGUAUUCACUCACCUCUUCUGAGAUAUCAUUAGAUUGCACCACAUUCAAGCCCUGUCUUGAGCAUCACCACCUUUAGUGCUUCUAUCAACCACUCAAGCUAUCGUACCUCAUCUCUCCUCACUACCAACCAGAGAUCCAAUCACUACCAAAAUGGCUGCCACCCACUCAUUCUACCAUUUGCCCCAGUCCUCUUACCCAAUCAACAUGCCACAGAAGCCAGGCUUCUACUACCCGCCCCAACAUCAUGGCUACGGACGUGGGGCAGCAUCGCCACCUGAGGCUCCAUCCAGCGUCACAACAUCUGGCGUACCUUCUUACGAGCCGUCAGCGGCUUCCAGCAACUACGCCGGUAGCGCAAGCGACUACGAUUCGAGCAGUGGCUCCGCGAGCGUGGAUCUUCUCGAUUACAUGGGCAGCCGUGUAAACGGCUCAUUCGACCCAAUGCCACUAGACCGCAGCUUGGCAAAGCAAGCACAAACAUCUGGCGAACUGAAUGCCAAGCAUCGCGAGCUUCUCGAAUUGCAACAACUUGCUCAGCGCCGACUAGCUGGCGCACGUAUGAGCUUCGCAGACGGUAUGAAAGCCGCGAAAGACGUGCAAAGAGAUUUGCAAUACACACAGAAGCGCGUAGACUCCCUCAACGAGCGUGCGGCACGAAAAUACCCCGAACAGUUUCGUACAGCCCAAGGCCGAUACCCAGCACCUCUUGACUACUAGUUCUUUGCGCUUUUUACAAUCUUUGCCUUACGGCCUGUGGAUGAUACAAACAUACAACUUUUCGGAUUUCUCAAAACACAGGCGGCAUACGUUCACU